AUGUUCCCCAACCCCCUAACAUCUACUCCCUUUUCCGUUAAGGACAUCCUAAAUCUGGAGCAGAACCAGGCCGAAAUGGCCUCUCUGGAGAUAUCGCCGCGACUCGACACCGCGAUGCCCGCCUCAUCGUGCAUGCUGGCUAAGUUCAAACAGGAGCCGUUCCUGGAGAUGCCACCCGGAACCUCCCUUUUCGGCGACCAAGAUGUCCAAGAACUUAAGGCCAACAAAACCCCUACUCUCAACUUCACGGCUGCCUUUUAUGGAAAGAAUUUCUUGGAAAUGGACAUGAAAGACAAGGCAGACAGUGGGUUCGAAGAAAAACAAAGAAAAGGUGAUGCCUGUUUUGUCUUCUCACAACACGAACCAGUAGAAGAAGAGAAGAGCGAAGACUCGCGCCCGACACAGAGGAAGAGGAGGAAGCCGCGCGUGCUCUUCUCCCAGGCUCAGGUGUACGAGCUGGAACGCAGGUUCAAACAGCAGAAAUACCUGUCCGCGCCCGAGAGAGACCACCUGGCCAGCGUGCUCAAACUGACGUCGACCCAGGUGAAGAUCUGGUUCCAGAACCGGCGGUACAAGUGCAAGCGGCAGCGCCAAGACCAGACGCUGGAGAUGGUGGGCAUCCCUCCACCGAGACGCAUCUCGGUCCCGGUUCUGGUUCGGGACGGGAAGCCGUGCUUGGGAGACACGUCCACAUACAGCACUUCAUAUAAUGUGGGCAUCAACCAUUACACUUAUAACACAUAUCCGGCCUUCAGCAACUACCCGAGUCCUGGCUGCAGCACAAACUACGCCUGUAGCUACCCGGGAGCCACCAUGCAAACCAUCCAGUCCCCCUCAGCCGGCGGAAACUACGUGAACUUCGGCGUUGGGGAUCUGGGCAACGUCCAGACCCAGUUUCAGCCCAGCAACGGAGUGCCGUCGCUUCACGGAAUUCGAGCUUGGUGA